UGGUGGAGGUAUGCUUGUCACAUAUCCUCUCUACACUUGUUCAAAGAAAUAGAGAGAAACCACAAUCUCAUUACACUUUCAAAAUAAACACGCACAAAACACACACUAAUACAGAAAAAUAAGAGAGAAAUCAACUGGUUUCUUGAGUCACGGACAAACACAAGUGUAAGGUCUGCUUGAGGAAUUUCAGUAAUGAUAGAUCUUUGGGUGGCCAUAUGAGAUCUUACAUGAUGAAUCUAUACAUUCAACAAAAACAGCAGAUCAGUGAAGAAACAGAUUCAAUUUUGUUGUGUUCAUCAUCCUCAGAAAGUGAAAAGACUGAAGAAAAAGAGAUGUUAAAGAAGAGCCUUAGAAUUAUGGAUCUUCAAGAUAGAGAGAGUGAAACCGAGUUCACAUAUCCAACACAAUGGCGGAUUAAGAAAUCAAGAAUCUCAUAUACACAUUACAUGUCAAAUUAUGAUUAUAGGCACGUAGCAUAUGCGGAAAGUUGUGCGUACGCCAGUGCUCGUGUCCCUUCCUCUGAGCCAGUGAGUUCUAUCUGGGACACGUCGCCGGAGGAAGAUGUUGCAUAUUGCUUGAUGAUGCUAUCUAGAGAUAAGUGGAGGAAAAAAGAAAAAGAGAAGGAUCAAAAGCAAGAUAAAGUGACUAAGACUAGAACUAGAGGUAAGUACAAAUGUGAAACAUGUAGCAAAUUUUUUAGAUCUUAUCAAGCACUUGGGGGUCACGUAGCAAGUCACAAGAAGAUUAAAGUUUCAACUAAUAAAACAUCAGAAACUGUGGAAACAAAAUAUAAAGAAGUAAAAAUACAUGAAUGUCCUGUUUGUUCCAGAGUAUUUUCAUCAGGCCAAGCUCUUGGUGGACACAAGAGAUCACAUGGUAUUACUUCAACAAAAAUAAAAUUAUCAAGAAUUGAUAGGACUAUGAUAGAUCUCAAUGUUCCUGCUUCACUAGAGGAUGCUGAGAUUAUUACUCAGAUUGAGUUUUCUUCAGUUUCUGAUGCUAAAUUUGUCAACCCCAUCAAGCCACUGAAAGUGAAAUUAUUGUAAUGUUAAAGGAACUCACGAAUUAGAGGUAAAGUUUUGUUCAUUUUUCCUUUUUAGGAUUUUUGGUGUGGACCUAAGGAAAUUGAUCAGUGCGUUUUCAUGGAAAAAUUUGGCACUUUUCAUGACUUUUACCCAAUUAAAUAGU